UGUAGCAGAACAGGUAUACAGAUACAGAUACACCCAGAGGCAGUCAGGUAGGUACAGUACGCAGGAGCAUAGGCCUGUAACAGGUGGGCAGGGCAGCGAUCUGGAAUCUCUGUCAUCUCUGGUGACUCACUACACAUAACAGCAGCUUAGCGGAGGGAGAGAAGAGGCUGCAACUGAAGAAGGGUCAGCUGAAAAAAAGACACUGUCAGCCAUUAAAGAGCUGAGAGACUGGAGGAAAAGGGAUGUGACUAAAGAGUGUUUCAGUUCAGGACUCACAGACCCUGAACGAUCCACAGGGAGUGCCAAUAAAGUAGAUAGGGACCGCGAGAGACAGACAGAGGCGGGCGAACUUCAGACUUUCUAAGGACUCUGACUGACAACAACCAGCAAGCAGCUAGAGAGCCAGUGUGUUCUCUCCUCUGCCCCCACCACUAUGGCCUCUGUGGGGAUCCAGAUGCUGGGCAGCGCCUUGAGCCUGCUGGGCUGGAUGGGGGUCAUCAUGACCUGCGUCCUGCCCAUGUGGAGGGUCACGGCCUUCAUAGGAGCCACCAUCAUCACGUCUCAGACCAUCUGGGAGGGUAUCUGGAUGAGCUGCGUGGUCGAGAGUACGGGCCAGAUCCAGUGUAAACCAUACGACUCCCUCCUGGCCCUGUCCUCCGACCUCCAAGCCGCCAGAGCGCUCACCAUCCUCGCCAUCGCCACGGGCGCCGCCGGGCUCCUCCUGGCCUUCGUCGGGGGGAAGUGCACUCGGUUUCUGGAUGAGCAAGGGGGCGGGGUCAAAGACCGGGUUGCCGUGGCAGCGGGCACGGUGUUGAUCGCCACGGGGUUGCUGUGCCUCAUCCCCACUUCGUGGGCUGCCGGGGUGGUGGUGCAGGGGUUCUACAGCUCCACCACCGACGCUCAGCGGAGGGAGAUCGGGGCGUGUCUCUACAUCGGCUGGGGGGCAUCCAUCCUUCUCAUCCUGGGAGGGGGGCUGUUCAUCAGCGCCUCCUUCCCCCUCAGGGCCCACGAUGAGGAUAAGAGACCCUCUGUCCGCUACCUGGUGGUUCGCUCUUCCAACGGGGCCGCCUCCAGCCAGGCAGCAGCCUCCCAGCGCAGCAGGGGAUCGUCCACAAAGUCCCAGCCCAACGGCAAAAUGGCCUUCACCAGGUCUCACAGCAGCCAGGCAGCAUCUGCCAAGUCUCAGCCCAGGGGAGUGGUGAACACCAGGCCUCCCUGGGAGGAGGAGGGGCUGGGUGGGGUGGAGCAGGGCUACAGGCCGGAGUCUGGGGGGAGUAAGGCACCAUCUACAAAGUCUCAGCUGAAAAGACUGGAGUCUCAGGAGAGUUUAGCAGACAAGUCUCAACCCGGCGAGGACGAAUCCUCAAACCCAACUAAGACCUAUCUCUGAGACCACACACACACACACACACACACACACACACACACACACACACACAGCAUGGUUUAUGGCAAAUAUGGACAUUAACUCUGCCUAUAUGUACAUGUUUACUUGUUUAUUUGUUUCGUGUGUAAAGUGAUGUUAGACAUUUUAAUAUUAGAUGAAGGAUAUAACUGGCACUGAAAGUUAGGUUAGCUUUUUACUAGUUGGGUUUGUUUGUGACAUGUAAAAGCGUUUCCAUGUUUUGUUGCUGUAAUAAUGUAUAUAAAGAAAAGUCUACUCCCCUUGAUAUGAAUAUGUAUUCAGUCCCUUGAGUACCUUUAACAAUAACCAGACAUGAUAUACAGUAAGACUAUUGAUUUGUGUUUAUAUGAAGCUUCUUGGUUCUGCAGUUUGAGUUCGUUACAUAGCUUCAUUUUGACACAUUUAAAAUACAAUUUCCUCUUUAUGUAGCUCUUUCACAUGCAACACUCAAAGUCAGUUCAAUAUGAAUUUGUAUGUGAAUUCAGAAAUGUUAUGCCUGUGUGAUGUGCUUGGGCCCUGGCAUGCACUAUCUGUCAAAAUGGACACUGUCCUUGUGUCCUAGCAAGUCGAGUACUUUCUAAAUGGACACUGUCCUUGUGCCCUAGCAAGUCGAGUACUUUCAAAAUGGACACUGUCCUUGUGCCCUAGCAAGUCGAGUACUUUCAAAAUGGACACUGUCCUUGUGCCCUAGCAAGUCGAGUACUUUCCAAAUGGACACUGUCCUUGUGCCCUAGCAAGUCGAGUACUUUCAAAAUGGACACUGUCCUUGUGCCCUAGCAAGUCGAAUAUUUUCAAAAUGGACACUGUCCUUGUGCCCUAGCAAGUCGAGUACUUUCAAAAUUGACACUGUUCCUCAGAAUCAGGUUUCUGUGUAGACUGUAGCCUGGCCCCAGAGCUCUUUG